ACCACAUAACGGUACAAAUCAAAAUGGUUUGCAGAAACCGAAACGCCUCUGUUAUCAUUACACGAACCGAAACGCCACUCUACAAUUCUGCGUUUCUUAUAAACCCUAAACCCCUUUGCUCCACUCACUCACUCGGUUCUCACUAACUCACUCAAAUUUUAACUCCCUAGACACAUUAUGGCUGCUUACGGCGGCGCAGCCAUGUCAAUGAGCAGUGGAGCACCACCGCCGCCGCCGUCAGCUGUCAAGCAAGUAAAAUUAGAAAGAGAGAGCGAAUUAAGAAUCGAAGUCGCCAACGACACGUCGCUUCGUCUGAGGUUACUAAACGGCACCGCCGAGAUUUUUGGUACCGAGUUGCCUCCUGAACAGUGGCUCACUUUCCCUCCUCGAUUGAAAUUCGCGGUGUUUACAUGGUAUGGAGCAACAAUUGAAAUGGAUGGUCCUACUGAAACUGAUUAUACUGCUGAUGAGACUCCAAUGGUUAGUUAUGUUAAUGUUCAUGCUGUAUUAGAAGGACGUAGAAAUCGAGCAAAAGCUUCAUCAAAUUCUAAUGCCUCCGAGUCUUUUCAGGGUCCCAGAGUGAUUGUUGUGGGGCCUACAGAUUCCGGAAAAAGCACCUUGGCAAGGAUGCUUGUUAGUUGGGCAGCUAAACAAGGUUGGAAACCCACGUUUGUGGACUUGGAUAUUGGCCAAGGAUCAAUAACAAUUCCUGGAUCAAUUGCUGCCACCCCUAUUGAGUUGCCCAUUGAUCCAGUGGAAGGUAUUCCUCUUGAAAUGCCACUUGUGUAUUUCUACGGGCACACAACUCCCAGCCAAAAUGUGGAGUUGUAUAAAGCACUUGUUAAGGAGCUCGCUCAGAUACUGGAGAGACAAUUUACUGGAAAUGCAGAAUCUCGUGCUGCAGGAAUGGUGAUCAACACCAUGGGAUGGAUAGAAGGGGUGGGCUAUGAGCUGAUUCUCCAAGCAAUUGAAACAUUUAGUGCUGAUGUUGUCUUGGUCUUAGGUCAGGAAAAGCUUUUUAGCAUGCUUAGAGAUAUGCUAAGGAGCAAGCCCAAUGUAGAUGUUGUGAAACUUCAGAAGUCAGGUGGUGUUGUUUCCAGGAGCUCAAAAGUCCGGCAAAGGACUAGAAGCUAUAGGAUCAGGGAAUAUUUUUACGGCAUUUCUAAUGAUCUCUCUCCGCAUUCAAAUAGUGCAAAUUUCAGUGACUUGUCUGUAUACCGAAUUGGUGGUGGGCCACAAGCUCCCAGAUCUGCUCUUCCAAUUGGUGCCGAUCCUGUCGCCAAUCCUCUAAGGGUUACUGCUGUGAAUAUUGAUCGUGACUUACUCCAUGUUGUUCUUGCCAUUUCAUAUGCCCAAGAGUCCGAUGAAAUUGUUUCAAGUAAUGUUGCUGGGUUCAUCUAUGUCACAGACGUUGACAUUCAGAGGAGGAAAAUUACGUAUUUGACGCCAACGGCAGGAGAGCUCCCAAGUAAAAAUUUGUUAAUGGGAACUUUGACAUGGCUUGAAACAUGAUCAAGAAUAAGCUUUUGCAUUGCAUGACAAAAUUAAGUAUUAUGAGCUAUAACCUUCAUCUAGGUUUAUCAUAGACUGUAUAAUAGUUUUACCAAAAUUAAAUUAUGGAUUGUGGGUUUAGUCAUCUACUCAUCUUCCAUAAAAAAUGGAUAAUGUAUAGCAACUUUUUUAUCUACUAAGAAUUUUCUCUUGGCCA